AUGCAUCGACCCGCCCAGCUCCCCCUCUCAGCGACGGUCUCACCCUUUGCCCAUCGCCUCCACCGUCGACUGGUCGUACACGCCCACGAGGACGGCUUGAUCCUGCAACCGAUCGCGCCGCCACCGACGACCAAGUCGAUCGUCGUCGAUCGCGCCGACACGAACUCCAGCGCGGGCGUACGCAUCCCCUGGGCGAAACGAGCUGUACCUGUUGCUGCGAACGAUCUUGAUAGAGGUACGGAGGAGGACGGUAUCGUCGUGGAAGGGGUGGCGGGUAUCGUGCAUGGGUUCCAAGGUACGUGUGCACGGCGUCGAGGGUCGUUGAGCCUUGUCUUGGGGCACGGCCCCACAUGGCUGUGACCCCUCUCGGCCCUUACGCCUGCUCGGGGGUUUCUUGCCCUCCAGGUGCUGAUACACACCGUGUCAAUUUCCACAAAUAGGCUCCCACAUCAUCUUGAUCGUCAGCUCGGCCGUCUCGGCGACUGUAUGGGAUGAGAAACGCUCCAAGAUCCACUCGGUCGACCAGCUCGUGUCGAUCCCGCUCAGCGACUACCAAGCCGCCAACACCGCCCUGACGCGUCAUGCCGUCAAGCAGUUCGCACAAAAAGCGAGAAGAGCUGCUGCUGCUUCUUCAACAGCAGCGACGACUUCAGCCUCGACGAGCGACCACGGAGCUGGCACUUCAUCCGAGGACGAGGACGAGGACGAGGACGAGGACGAGGACGGCGAUGAUGACGCCGGCGAGACCGAUGACGGGGGCGAAACCACGGACGUCGAUGCCGAUGCGAGACCGGACACACCCAUCAAGCAGCCCAGGAAAAGCCCCUUUUGGGAGCGACUGACACCAAAAAGGAUGCCCAAGAUAUCACUCUCUGCUAUCAAACCCAAGGCUGCCACUCCCGCCCCGGCAAAUUCGACGGCAGACUCGGGGAAACCGACGCCGCCAAGCAGCUCCGACACGGCCGAAAGCGCCUCCAGUUCACCGGACCCGAAUAAACCGGACGAGCUGGCCCAAGACAAGGACGUUGUAGCACUUGCCGAGGCGUCGACCUCUGCCGUUCCCGAUCGAGACAACGUCGAGACGGUUCGGUCGCAGACCGAGCUCGAUGCCAAGAUUGUCGCCGAGACGAUGCGGACACUGCGAGGCAUGGCUUUCUCGUACGACAUCGACAUCACGCGAUCCCACCAGCGCAAAUACGAAGCCUCGCUCGUAGCAGCUGGGCUAGCUUCGCCUACUCACGGCAAAAGUGGACCCAGCGGAACGAUUGGACUUGUCGAACCGAGCUCGCAUCUGCCACUGUGGAGGCGUGCCGAUCGUCGCUUCUUUUGGAACGCUCACAUCAUGUCGACCUUCAUCGACGCCGGGCUGCAUGCUUUCAUCGUGGUUCUUCAGCAAGGUUUCGUCGCCCACAGCUCGGCUUCGGUCCCACUGCAACCCUACACGACGCUCGCUUCGCCCAGUAACUCCGAAGGCCCUUCCCACGUGGAGCUCGAUAUGGUUCUCAUCUCUCGGCGGUCGAUCGAGCGACCUGGGCUUCGAUACCAAAGGCGCGGCGUGAACCCACUCGGUCAAGUCGCCAAUGCCGUCGAGACCGAGUUCUUGGUCGGUGCCGUGCGGGACUCGAAGCAACACGUCGCUUCUUUCGUUCAAACUCGUGGCUCGAUUCCCGUCUACUGGUCACAAUCACCUUGGGCUCUCAAGCCUGCACCUGUUCUCGACCGAACGGAGGAAGACAGGAACGCCGCCUUGGUUAAGCACUUUGAGAAGCAAAACAAGUUGUACGGCAGAGUCGUCGUCGUCAACUUGGCUGAAGCAACGGGCAAGGAAGGCGUCGUCGUCGAGGCGUUCCGGAAAGGGGUCGAAUUGACCCAAUCCGAGGACAAGGUCAAAUACGUAUACUUUGACUUUCACCACGAGACCAAAGGGAUGAAGUACGAGAACAUUGGCAAACUCAUCACGCAGGUCCAAGCCGAUCUCGAGGACAUGCAAUGCUUUUGGACGACCGAUCAAGGUACUGAUCAGGUGUUUUCAACGCAACAAGGGGUCGUUCGCACGAAUUGCAUCGAUUGCCUCGAUCGCACCAACGUCGUCCAGUCCGCUAUCGCUCGAUUCGUCCUCAAUCGGCACUUGGUCCAUCUUGGUAUUGCACAGGAAGAGUUGGCGACCCAUGAUGGGCUCGACACGGCUUUCAACACCAUGUUUGCCGACAAUGGGGAUGCCAUCUCAAGAGAGGUGGGUCAUUUUUUAGCAAUCUUAGUUCAGCCAGUCGGACGAUGCUGACCGGCCUAGAGAGGCCUACAGUAUGCCGGUACUUCGGCGCUUAAAGGCGACUUUGUCCGAACAGGCCGACGCAAUUGGCUCGGAGCCGUCAACGAUGCGUCCAACUCGGUCGCUCGAUUGCUGCAAUCGACGGUCACUGAUUUCUUCCGCCAAGCGACUCUCGACUUCGUCCUCGGCGUCAACCCCAAUGCGUUCCAAGAAUUCUCGGAACGCCUCGAUACCUCUGACCCUGGACAACUCUUGCGUCUCGCCAAGAUCCGCGAGGAGGCGAUAGAAACGAGUACGAAAUACUGCCUCAGUCCUGGUGAGGAACGAUUAGGUGGAUGGAGUAUGCUCAGUCCCGUCGAGCCGAAUACACUGAGAAGUUCGGCCGGCAAGUAUGAAGAGAAGAUCGUGCUUAUCACCAACAAGUCAGGGACAAAGGGGGCGUUGUACAUCGUCUCGUACGAGUUUACACUGCAGAAAGUGACGAGCUUUCUCCGCAUCGCGCUUGAGGAUAUCUCGUCGAUCCGCACAGGGGUGAGCACUUGGUACUUGAUGCAUCUGGCUUGGCCCUGUCUUGCUUUGCUGAUGCACUUUGCAAACAGGCUUACAUCCUCUCUGCCCUUGACGCGACGACGCGGGAUCCGGAAGAAAACUACGGGCUCGUCGUGCAUUACCCCGAAGCGUCGGUCAUUGAACGCGUUCGGACUUACACGCUCAAAUCGUUGCGAUUGAAGGCGCGCAACUCUUCAAGCGCUUCCCUUUCAUCGGUCAGGACCGACGAGGCAGGCCCUUCUUCCCCCUUGGCCGUUCCACCUUCACCACUAUUACCCAUCAGUCCUAAUGAAACAGUACCAUCGAGCAAGAUCGCCUUUAUCGCUUUGAAAGCUCUUCGCCGCGACGUCAUCAAAACCGACGAUGGGUACGCCUCCUCACGGAUAUUCGAAUCAUCUCGCACCGACGGAAGAGGAGCAACGACGGCCAAGUCGAUCGUUGAUGAUAUAGUUUCCAUCCUACGUGAUGAAUCGGGUCACGGAGGGAAGGAAGGCUGGAUCGAGGAGGUGGAUAUUGUUUCGUUGAGCGAGGCGAAGAGUCAUACGACUAUUGCGGAGAGGUUGAGUAGGGGGGUGCAAAGGUUGAUUUGGUAUUAA